GAAAAUUGGUUUUAAUAUCUUGACCUAUUUUUAAUUCGAUUAAUUCAGUCUGCAGAAUUAAUUUAAUAAAAGGUUUUAAAUCUUAAUCCGAAAACUUAUCUGACGUUGAAUACGUUCCAUCAUUCUUUCUAAAAGAGUUGUUUGACAAGGUAAAAUUUCAGGAGCGGUUCGUUCAGAAAUCCAGCUUUUCAUUAAUUGUAAGAGAUCGUUUUUUCUAUCAUUUUGAUCAGAAGAGGGAUCUUGUAGAUCAAAAAAAGUAUCUAGAUUUAAAUCCAUGAGAAAGAAAAUAUUUUUUGACGUUGGGAGUUUUUUUCUUAAUUUUUUAUAAAAAACGUGAAAUGGAUAAAUGAAUAAGAUUCCUGGUAAAUUAGAACUUGUGAAAUCAGCAACUCAAUUACCGGAAAAAAGGUCUUUUAAUGUUUUAGAAGAUCAGGAGGUUGAUAAUAAAGAUACGGAAAUAAAAGAAGGUGUAUCAUCUAAUAAAUCUAUGGUUACAUUUUCUAAAAUACAAAAUUUUGAGCUUUUUAUUGGAGCACAUGUUUCAGCAGCAAAAGGGAUUGAAAAUUCUAUUCUUAAUAGUAUUAACAUAAAUGGAAAUGCAUUUGCACUAUUUUUAAAAUCUCAAAGGAAAUGGAUGUCACCUUGUUUAAAACCUUAUAAUAUUCAAGAAUUUCGAAAACUUUGUAAUAAUCAUGGGUUUAAUCCUAAAAAACAUAUUCUUCCACAUGGAUCUUAUCUUGUAAAUCUUGCUAGUGCAGAUAAGGAAAAAAGAGAUAAAUCAUAUGAAAAUUUAAUAGACGAUCUAAAACGUUGUCAACAGCUAGGAAUAGGAAAAAUUAAUUUUCAUCCUGGGUCAUGUGGAACUUCUAGCAGAACAAAUGGAAUAAAUAAUUUGGUUUAUUGUAUUAAUAAAGCACAUAAAGAUGUUAGUGAUGUAAUGCUUGUUAUUGAAAACAUGGCUGGUCAAGGAAAUACUCUUGGGACUAACUUUGAGGAAUUAUCUACUAUUUUGAGCAAAGUUGAAGAUAAAUCCAGAAUUGGGAUUUGUCUUGAUACUUGUCAUCUUUUUGCUUCAGGAUAUGACAUAAGAAAUAAAGAUUCGUACAAUAAUGUUAUGAAUCAAUUUGAAAACAAAAUCGGAUUCCAAUAUCUUGUUGGUGUUCAUUUAAAUGAUUCAAAAACUCCGCUUGGAUCUAGAAGAGAUCUUCAUGCUAAUAUAGGACGCGGAUAUAUAGGACUUGAAGCUUUUAGAUUGAUUAUAAAUGAUAAAAGAAUGCAAGGCAUCCCUCUUAUAUUAGAAACGCCAACAAAUGAUGAUUCGAAAGUAUGGAAACAGGAGAUUGAGCUUUUGAGAUGGUUGUAUGGAAAAGAAUCUGACGAUGCUGAAUUAUCUGCUAAAUCAAAUGAAUUGAAACAGUUAGCAAAAGAUGAGCAUUUAAAUAAUUUAAAGCUAGAUAAAAAUUCUAAAAAAUUUAAAAAAAUCAAGAAAUAA